AGAACGAGGAAGGCGACGAGGAGCACGAUGCAAAUGACAACCACGAAAUCCCUAUGCCCUCCGAUAUCCCGUGGCUCAGCCACGCGUUCCCUUUUGCUUCUACUACAGCUAAACUUGCCGAAAAUACUCGAGGAACACUUUUAAGCUUUCUACCCAGGGCUUCCACUACUCGGAAUAUUGCUGAUAUGUACUAUAAACAUGCAGCUUUUCUAUACACGCCUAUACCUGAAAGCGAGUUCCAUGAAUCGAUAUUUCUUCGGAUAUACCAUCCCGACUUGGUUCCAGAUAACGGACCGGCAAACUCUCACCGACUUGCCGUUUUGUUUAUGGUCUUAGCUUUAGGAACUUUGAUGGAUCUCGAUAAGCCAUCACACUCUCAAGAAUCGAAACAAUAUUACCAGCUAGGCCGUGCCGCUCUAUCACUUGAUUCGGUUUUCGAAGAACAGUCAAUCAUAUCAAUACAGGCAUUGUUCUUAAUGUGUCACUUUAUGUUUCUGUCCGAUAUUGAAGGACCUCGUUGGGCGCUAAUGGGACUAGUGGUGAAGUUGGCUCAGGGUAUCGGACUUCAUCGGGAUAGUGGGAAAUGGAACCUUGAGUCCGAAGAAACUCAAAAACGCAGGACGCUGAUGUGGGAAAUCUAUACAUAUGACUCUUGGCAGAGUCUUACCUUUGGUAGACCGCCAUCAUUUGCUUUGGCUCAUAUCGAUUGCCAGAUGGCUUACGAUACUACGCGGAAUGAAGCCGGAGAGGUUGAGAUGUCAUUUGCUGCGUGGAAGCAUCGAUUUUCAUCUCAGUGCCUCAGCACGGUUCAAGAUCAAGCUUUCGGUGCACGCACUCCGAGCUACAAAACGAUACAGCAGCUUGACAGACAAGUGCGAGAGUUCUACUUACCCCCAUCUCUGCAGGUUCCUGGCUUUGGGAACUCCAAGAUAGGCAAAGAGGUUGAACAACCAUCUAUACAACUCACGAUGCAACGAUACCUUGCAUUUGCCAUCAGAGAAAUUACACUUUUUUACAUGCAUCGUGGCUUCUUCGCACGCGCGGUUGAAGACCAUCCUGAUGAUCCCCUGGGUAGUAAAUACGCACCAUCUGUGUUAGCGGCAUAUAGCAGUGCUUGUUCGUUCGUCGGCUUGAUCGAAAGUCUUUACUCACAACACCCUGCAAUUACUGAGCGCAUGUGGUUCUUAUUUACACACGUUUUCUCAUGUGCUAUUGUCUUAGGGGCAAUUGCCACAAAAAAUCAGAUGGCUCUGGCCCCCUCGGCUUUGUCGCACUUAGAAUCGGCUAAUCACUUAUUUGAGCAAGUGUCUGAAAAUCCAAGAGCUAGUAAAAUCAUACCCAUUAUACAGAACCUUAGACGCCGUGCCCAGUCCGCUAUUGUCGAAGAUAAGGGCAGAAUCAUGGAUAGUUUCCGUGUUAACUAUUUUGGAAGUAUCAAGAACGAGAUCGAUAAAUUAUCGUCGCUGGGUGGCAUGACCCGACUUGUCUCCCGGCGGAAAAACUCGUCCCAUCCGUCCCCGGGCAACGAUAAUAGAGGCUCUCAGAGUCCUACAAGCAUAUCUCCAACCGUGAAUAGGUCCUCCUCGCUUCCUUUGAAGGAAUCCACUCCACCCUCUGCGCUGGAGACCUUCAGCCCGUGGCAACAAAACUUUGGUCACUUCCAUCAUUCACCGCAUUCUACGCCAAGCUAUCCUCCAGUGCCCUCUAUGCACGAACAGGGCAUGUACAAUGGCCAUACAGAUGCCCAUAUGACACCUCAAUACUUCACAACCUAUAACAACCCCAGUCCACCCGGGAUGGAGGAAUGGUACUCUCAGUCAAACAUGAUGCCAGUGCAGAGUCCUGUAGAUGGCUACUACCCCGCUGCCGAUCAUCUGAAUGCUUCGUGGCAAAGCUUCGUCGCUCAGUAUAAACCCGUCUAACAGGAGCCUGUCUAACGAGAGAAAAACGGGACAUAUCAAUGUUCAUAGUCGUUUUUUUUCUUUGGUCGUCUUUUUGCUCUUCUUCUUCUUUUUUUUUUUUUGUUAUCUCUUGUACUGUAGAACAAAUGUAGUAUCAUCUUUCCUGUGUUACAGUGUGUACAUGGC